UCAAAGAUGUUGGGUUCGGUGCCCGAUGGGGAUUUACAAUGCGCCUGCCACGUUUCAUCGAGCGAUGAACAUGACGUUCCAGAAUUUCGUCAACAAGACACGAUUGACGCAAGGGAUGAUUAACUUCUGCAUAAUCGUGUACAUGAACGAUAUCCUGGUCUAUUCGGAAACCUAUCACGAGCAUGCGCAACAUAUCGAAUGGACGUUGGGCGCGUUGAGAGACGCUGGGUUCAAGAUUGCGCUCGAGAAAAGCGAAUUUUUCCUCUCAGAAAUUUCGUUCUUGGGCUAUGUCGUGACACGUGGAGGACUACGAUCGGACUCAAUAAAGGUUGCAGCAGUAAAAGAAGCCCCGGUUCCCAUGUCAUUGAUGCAGGUUCGAGCCUUCUUGGGGUUAGCGUCGUACUACCGGCGCUUCAUCAAGGGCUUUGCCGCGAUUGCACGGCCAUUAACGAAUCUGCUACGUAAGGACCAACCUCUCAGCUGGGACGCGGAGUGUCAACAGGCUUUUGCAACCCUCAAGGACGCUCUGGCGACGCCCCCUAUUUUGAUUCGACCGGACCCUUCAAAACAGUUCAUCCUUAUUACGGACUGGCAACCAGAAGCCAUUUCCGCUAUUUUAGCGCAGAAGGGGAACGAUGGUCGUGAACACGUCAUCGAGUAUGGGUCGCGCACAGUGCCGGACGAGCGCCGGAACGACUCAGCACCUCAAGGCGAGUGCUAUGCAGUAGUUUGGGGAAUCCAACACUUCCAUCCGUACCUCUACGGACAGAAGUUUCGCCUCGUGACGGAUCACGAGUCACUGCUGGCUUUGAAGAAGCUCACUAACUACACGGGCAUGAUUGGCCGAUGGGCGGUGCGACUACAAGAAUACGAUUUCGACAUCGUUCACCGGAAGACAGAGAGACACAGCAACGCGGACGGGCUGACACGUCUGCACCGACCGGCUAAAGUACCAAAGGGCGAAGAAAUCACCGGCUUCCUUUUCCCCUCCCCUGCGGUCACUGACGCAUGGUUGAUAGACACGUGUGUGAAGAGAGAAAGGUUGAGCAAGAAGAGAAUCGGAAGCGGCAGGCAGUGGGACAGCAAGCAAGUCAAGACCACCGACUGGGAAAUCAAAGCAGCGAAGGAUAACCACAACUCUCGCGAAAUUUUUGCAAUCGAAGGUCGACUUGUGAAGUUGCAAUCGAAGGCCAAGGAGGAGGAGGAGGAGGAGGAGGAGGAGGAGGAGGAGGAGGAGGAGAAGAUGGCGAUAGACGAGGAGUCGGCAGCUGGCAAAGUGAGGCUGACGCAGUACUCGCAUGGUGGGGGAUGCGGCUGCAAGAUUGCUCCCGCCAAACUUCAAGAGAUUCUCCAGAAAGUCCCUCUGAAUUUCGGUGGGCCUAACCUCCUUGUGGGAACCGCCACGUCUGAUGAUGCUGCUGUGUACAAGCUGAAUGACAGCCAGGCUUUGGUGCUCACAACGGACUUUUUUAUGCCUAUUGUGGAUGACGCAAGGGAUUUUGGUCGAAUCGCAGCAACGAAUGCCAUUUCCGAUGUCUAUGCAAUGGGUGGCACACCCAUCUUGGCCCUCUCGGUUCUCGGUAUGCCCAUAAACAAGUUGCCUACAGAAGCAAUUCAAGACAUCAUCAAUGGAGGUGUCGACAUCUGUAAGGAAGCAGGGAUUCCUCUCGCAGAACCAGUUCUUCCCUUAGAGCUGCUGGCGAUCAAUCUAUUGUGAGGACGUGUGGAGGGUAGGCCAUCCUUUGUUUCCUAUUUCUGCGUGCCUCUUUGGC